CGGCCCCGUGGCUGGGCAGGGGAAGGGGCGGAGCCGCGUCAUGGCCGCCGGCCGCCUCCCGCCGGGGGCGCUCACCCUCAAGCAGUUCCUGAGGCGGCAGCAGGUCCUUCAGCUGUACCGCAAGAUCCUGCGGGCUAUCCGGGAGGUCCCUGCGGAGCAGGAUCGCCGCUACUUAAAGGACUGGGCCAGGGAGGAAUUCAGGAGAAAUAAGGAUGCUACAGAAGAGGAUGCAAUCAGGAUGAUGAUUACUCAAGGCAACAUGCAACUUCAGGAACUUCAGAGAACACUUAAGCUGGCAAAAUCCUGAUCUUCAUUUUGUUGGCAAUUAGAUUUUCAUCUGUUGUAAAUAAACAGUGUUUUUUCCAAAAUGUGCUUAUAAUGGCAGCAUUUUCUGGCAACCUGGUAAUGUUUGAAGGAGGAAUCUACCACACUGGGGCUUUGGUUUUCUCCCCUUCCCCAUCCAUUUAUCAUUUUGGGUACCAUCAGAAGUGGAAAUCACUUGGAUCACAAAGGACAUGUAAGAACUGCAUGGAUGAUAUAGCAUGUGCUGCAGGAAAAGCAGAAAGUACCAAAAAUUACAACAGCUGUGUUAAUGCUAGUGCAAUGGAAAAUAAAUAUAUACUAGAUUAU